AUGCCUGCUCCUCCUCGCUUGCUCCCCGCAGCCACAACGACGGGGCACUGUGCAGCCAUAACAGAGGCCUCUCAAGAGCUACAACCGAGUAUCCUUGUGCCAUGGGCUUGCCGGUACUUCAAACGGAACCCGCUGCGCUGUCAAUCGGCAAUUUCACCUCCUAUAGUUUCAAGGGAAAGCAGAACAGCCCUAAGCGGAUCAUGGGCGCAGAAGAGGGGUUAUUGGGGUUCUGCGAGGUCUCGCUGGGCACUUUUUAGCGUACAAGCGCCCAAUCUCGAGCCUGUCUUUUCUCUGCCCCAAUGCGGAGCUGUCAGGGGGCUGGGAUCAUCCGCAUCACUUUGGCAAGAUGCAGCCACAGCUAUGGCAGCAGCGGCUACUGCACGAAGAAACGAGCCUCGACAGAAGCACAAGCGGGAAACGCAGCAGGAUGAGGAGUCUGUGGGUACAUUGCCAAUGUCUUCCACAGGCCCAGCAGCAGCGGCACAGGCCAAGACCUUGUCACAGCCUAAAGCACUUGACGGCGUCUAUUUUUCUUCCUUUUACUUGGCCUUUCUUGCUGCUGUUCACGCGACUUCCCCUGUUGCAUCAGCAUCCACUGCCGCUGCAGCAGAGGCAGCCCGAGGCUGCCCCCGCCUGAGAGGGGCUAUCCAGAAGCGCGAAGCAGCCACGGAGCGACUUUUGAUGCUGACACCUCAUCACCUGCCUUCUGUAGCGCACGUUGGCGCCACUGCUGCGCGCAUGCAGAAGCGUCUGGCAGCAAGCCCGUUAAAACGCCCCGGUGCUCCCCCCGAUGGUGCCUUGUGGCAGCGGGAGCUCGCCGCAGUAAUUGGCACCACCUCUGAAGCCGCUGCUGCUUUUGCUGACCGAGCGUUCUGGGGGGCCUUCUGCCAAGCUGCAGCAGUGGCUGCUGACGCGUUUUCACCCUCGGAAGCCUCCCGCAUUGCGAUGGCAGCAGCAGCUUCUGUUGCUGCAGGUGCCCCGGGGUGGGCUCGGCUGUAUGAGCCACACCAGAAAUUGAUUUUGGCAUUGCAGGAGCACAUACGACGUCAAGCAAAGAGCUACUCACUUUUCCAGCUGCUCGCUGCUGUAGAGGCGCUGCAGAGACUUCAGGCGUUGCCAUCGGCCACGCGACCAGCGGCAACAGCAGCAGCUUCAACAGCAUCAGCAGAAGCAAGCGCGGCAGCAGCUGCGUUUACCGCUGCUGAAAUUAUUGAGCGUCCGAAAAGGGCAGCCGCAGCUGCUGCCGCAGCCACUUUGUGUGAGAACACAUCUCUGAUGCUGCAUGCAGCGGAGGCGGCCCUACAUGCAGAGUUGACCAAGGCAGCCUCAACAGCAGAACGUGCGGCGGAAGCUUCUAAAGCUGCCGGUUCGCUUGAGGCAACCAGCUCAAGAGCGGCAGCCCCUCUAGCGACAGCAGCCCCACUAGAGAAGCAGAGGCCACAGAGUACUGCUGCUUUCUGUUCCUCUUUGCUACGCUCUCUGCGCAUUUAUGCCGGUUCUGGAAGUUCCUGUCCAAUGUUGUUGCAGUUCACAAUCAACAUCCUGCGCUCCAGAUCCCAUUGGUUUUCUAUCGAACAGCUGGUGGAUUUGGCGGAGAUGCUGUUGGAUUUCCGGGUGCAACAGCAAGCUAGUCUCGAGUUCCUGCAUCCCUUCAAUGCGCAGGCAGCUAGCGCAAACAAGCUGUCUUUGAAGGAACUGCUGCGACUGCUUCGCGCCUACGGCGGCCUAGGAGUGACCAGCCCCUCUCUAGUUUCAGCAGCGCUCAGUCACUUUGGAUGCUCUGCGAAGGACUGGAGCGACCCAGCGGAUCACCCUCUACCAUGCCGUGUGGCACCAGAGGCAGCCGAAGCGGUAGCCUUGCGCGCCGUUGCUGCUUCAGCGCUCUCGCGUUGCACCGCCACUGAGCAGCAAGAACACGAGCUCCUGUUGCGUUGUAGCAAGGCCUAUGCAUCCUGUAUGGCGGACGCAGAAGUAGCAGCAGCGCUGGCGGGCACAGCCCCCGAGGCUGUCGACCCUAAGGAUCAGAGCGCUCUGGUGCUGUUGCAGUGUCUGCUGCAGCAGCAGGCUCUCGAUAGGCGGGGAUUGCUCCUGCUGCUACCAACGCUGCGGCUCGAGCUGCAGCUCCAGUGUUCGCUCCAGCAAAAGGGCCCGUAUCUCCAGAAAUGUGGCCUUGUCUUGUCAUCUUUUGCAAGCUGUGGGGUGCAGUUGCUACAUCUCUGGGGGGAACUGCUUUCACCUUUGUUCCUUCCGCCUGCUGCAACACCGUCUGCUCAAGUAACAGCAGCAUCGGCUACCCAGUGGGGAUCGUGGCUGCUGUCACGCCCGCUGUUGCAGCACGUGAAAACCACAGUUUCUGCCGGCAUAUUUUGUGGCAUCACUGCUGCUGGAUCCGGCGAGGAGGCAAAAGAGCUUCUGCAGGUCGCGGCUGCUGCGGCAGAACAUUCUGCAGCAGCAAUCACAGGAUUCUUAUGUUUGCUCCAGCGUAGCAGCAGCAGCGACGGCCUGGGGCAGCUGACUGAAGAGGCGCUGGAGGAACUCGCUGCAGACAUAUGCAAGCUUCUCGACGCCAGCGGAGUGGCAGCAGUACUUCUCCACCUGCUGCAUCAACAGCAGCAAGAGCGGCAGCACGCAGACGUAUCGUGUACAGCAGUAGGAGCAGCGGCAGCAGUGAGGUCCGCCCCGAUAGCAGCAUCAGCAGCUACAGUGAAAAUCCAAGGCCUUCAAGAGCUGCUAGCUGCUGAAAUACCAGAGAUGGUUUCAGAAGGACCUCGGCAGCAGCAGAAGACGCAGUUACAGCGGCUUUUGGAGCAGCAGCUACAGCCACUGUUGCAGCAGCAUCAAGGCUUGUUAUUUGAGCUUCUUGUUGAGUUGGGAUGCCGUGGAGCCCCCAGGAACCCUGAGGAACUGCCUUCUGAGCUUCUGGUGGCAGUGGAAGCAGCAGAAGGGGAAAGCUUAGACUUACGGAGUACCUGGGGGCACACAGCUCUCCUCUUCUUCUUACAGUCAGCACUGCGGGGAGCAAUGCCACUUCUUGGCAACAGCAGCAGCAGGGAGAUGCAAGGCGCUGAAGGGACUGGUCACCUACCAACCUCUUUAAGAAAAUGCAGCAGAAGCCUAACCUCCGCUAAGGGCCCUACUGUUGGUUCUUUGUUGCUGCUGGCCACGUUGCUGGAAAGGCCUAGAGAAGACGUUCCUUUGGUGCAUCACUUGUUGCAGCUGAUUGUUCUGCUCCCAGCAGCUGAAGGCUGGUCAGGGCUAAGCACAGCAGUGAAUCGCUUUGUACUGCAUCUUAGAAGCUUCCUGCUGGCCGUGCGUCUGCAGAAACGCAAUCAGCGAUGUUCCCAGGACGCCUUUUCUUAG